UGUGAAUUAGAUUUUUAUAAUAAAAUUUUAACAAAUAUGCCAAAAGCAAGGAAAAAGUUGAAGGAGAGCGAGCAAGAGAGAACUAUCAGGGCUAUAAAGGAGAUCGUGAGCGCACUGAUUCAAGCUUAUGAUAAGAAUGAGAAGAUCAAUGUGUCAAGGCUUAAGUCUAAGAUCAGCUCUAAGAAUCAACUUAGUACAAUGCCCAAGCUUGUUGAUAUUCUUGCAGGACUACCAGAAAGUCAUAAGGCAAAACUGACCCCUCUAUUGAAAGGAAAACCUAUCAGAACUGCUUCUGGAAUUGCUGUAGUUGCUGUGAUGGCUAAGCCUCACAGAUGUCCUCAUAUUGCUUACACAGGGAAUAUUUGCGUGUAUUGUCCUGGAGGUCCCGACUCUGAUUUUGAGUAUUCCACUCAAAGUUACACCGGAUAUGAGCCAACAAGUAUGAGAGCCAUUCGGGCAAGAUAUAACCCAUAUUUGCAAACAAGGGAUAGAGUUGAGCAACUUCAGAGACUUGGUCAUGACACUGAUAAAGUUGAAUUUAUUGUCAUGGGAGGUACUUUCUUGAGUCUACCCAAUGAUUACAGAGAUUACUUCAUUAGGAACCUCCAUGACGCUCUUUCAGGACAUUCUUCAAACUCUGUGGAUGAAGCUGUGAAAUAUUCAGAGCAGAGUAAAGCUAAAUGUAUUGGAAUCACAAUUGAAACACGCCCUGACUAUUGUUUGGAGCCUCAUCUAAAGGACAUGCUUGUCUAUGGUUGUACAAGAAUUGAGGUAGGAAUCCAAAGUAUUUUCGAAGACGUCGCAAGAGACACUAAUAGAGGCCAUAAUGUGGAGUCUAUUAAACCUAUGUUCCAACUUGCCAAAGAUUGCGGAUUUAAGGUUAUCGCUCAUUUAAUGCCUGAUCUGCCAAACACUGGAUUUGAAAGAGAUAUUGAGAGUUUUAAGGAGUAUUUUGAAAACCCUGCUUUCAGAACCGAUGGACUGAAAGUGUAUCCAACCUUAGUCAUCAGAGGAACAGGGCUCUACGAGCUUUGGAAGACAGGAAAAUAUAAGAACUAUGACCCAAAUACCUUAAUCGAUUUGAUUGCUAAAAUCCUCUCCUUGGUUCCACCGUGGGUGAGAAUUUACAGAAUCCAGAGAGAUAUUCCAAUGCCUUUGGUAACGUCUGGAGUUGACCAUGGAAAUGUAAGAGAGCUUGCUUUGAGAAGAAUGAAAGAUCUUAAUCUUCCUUGCAGAGAUGUUAGAACAAGAGAGGUUGGAAUUCAAGAAAUCCAUAAUAAGGUCAGACCUCAAGAUGUGGAGCUUAUUAGAAGAGACUAUAAAGCAAAUGGAGGUUGGGAGACUUUCCUUGCUUAUGAAGACCCAAAACAAGAUAUCCUUAUUGGACUUCUAAGACUUAGGAAACUGUCUGAGAAAACAUUUCUUCCAGAGUUAGUUGGAGCUUCGAUGGUCAGAGAACUCCAUGUUUAUGGAUCAAUUGUACCUAUUCAUAGUAGAGAUCCUACAAAGUUCCAGCAUCAAGGCUUUGGUACUAUGUUAAUGGAAGAAGCAGAAAGAAUUGCCAUCCAAGAGCAUGGAUCAACAAAGAUGGCUGUAAUUGCUGGAGUGGGAACAAGACAUUAUUACAGGAAGCUUGGAUACCACCUUGAGAAAACUUAUAUGGUCAAAGAUUUAGUGAAACCAGAUGAUGAUUGGGAAGAUUACUAAAGCUAUGCUGUUAAAAAUAGCACACUAAAAUUUCAACUGCAUCC